AGCAGCUAGUUGUUUCCGGUUGUCUGUGUGUAUCGUUCAUACAGAGUCUCCCUUCUACCAUAACCAUAAUAAUGGAAUGUAAAAACGUGUUCCAUUUUUUAUUGUUGCUGAUAUAUAUUUAUGGCAUCUGUGAUGGAAUGACAGAUAUCGACAGGGAUGAAUAUUGCCGAAUGUAUGGCUAUACUCAGGACAGAAUGCCGGGAACUGGUAUUCCUGCUACACCCGAAAUCAGGAAAUUAUGCCUACAGCGUUUUCAAAACUUUAACUCCCUGGAAGUCUCUGGUACCGCAGAUACAAACACAAUUGCUCUGAUGAAAAAACCAAGAUGUGGCUGUAACGAUCUCGUAAUGCCGGAGAAAAAAAUUAUGAUGAGAACCAGGAGAGAUUUGAAACAGUUUAAGCCUGUAGAAUUCAAUCAAGGACCAGGAAAAUGGGGAAAGACACGGCUAUCGUAUACUUUUCUCAGAGGAACUGGAUUUACUAAUCAACUGGACCAGUCGAGAACGAGGACGGAAAUCGCACGUGCAUUCAAAGUGUGGACAGAUGUAUCAUCGUUAGAAGUAAGUUAUACCGAUGAUGAAAGCAGAGCAGACAUUAUAAUAUCAUUUGAAAGGCGUGAUCAUGGAGAUGGAUCGUCAUUUGAUGGCAACGGAUUGGUAUUAGCACAUGCCUUUUAUCCAGAACACGGUAUAGCUCAUUUCGAUGAUGAUGAACGCUGGGUCAUAAACAACACAGGGGUUGACUUAUUUACUGUAGCAGCCCAUGAGUUCGGACACUCCUUAGGGCUCGCACAUUCGUCAAACGGGGAUGCUUUGAUGGCGCCUUACUAUGCGGGCUAUAAGGCAAAUUACCAACUGCACUGGGAUGAUAUUCGGGGUAUACAGUCUCUGUAUGGUAGUCCAUCAAAUACUCCCGACCCACCAUUGACUACGCUCCCACCUCCCACUCGGCCACCACGCCCAACGCAAAGACCACGCCCAACGCAAACACCAACCCAGACUCGAGGACCACCUAUCACAACCCCGCCUCCACCAACGACCCCGGAUAUAUGUAGAUUCGAAUUCAAAGGUGUCAUGAAGGAUGACAACGGGGAUAUCCUGGCGUUUAACUCCAAAGGAGACGUAAUCCGGAUGACGUUAAACGAUGGAUUCAUCGAACAAGUCAAAUCUUCCGAUAUUUUCCCAGAGGCACCUGAAAAUUUUGAUGACGUCAUCAAUGUUCCAUCUGCUGGCACAGUAUUUUUCAGAAGGGCGCUAAACUGGAAGUAUCAAAUAAAACCAGGAACUGUUUCGGAACGGGACCUAACAGUUCGUGCCUAUAUACCAGGAGCACGGAGACACCUUCGUGAAAAAAUAAAAGCCGUGUUCGCUACAAGUCAAAAUCGAGUUUAUAUCAUUGGGACUUACUUUGUGCAGGAGUUUAGCGCACAAACAAUGGAGAUUGUGCCAGGAACGUACGGUUAUGUUAGCUCUAAAUUUCCAGGAGUACCACAGGGCCUUGAUGCUGCUUUGGCCAUCAGCUCUCGAGAAAUUUAUUUUUUCAAAGGCUCGGAGUUUUGGCGGUUUGAUUUAGGUUCUCGGCGUUUAUUAGAAACAAGAAGGAAAAUCGCACCACGCUUUAUAGGAAGAUACUGCAAUUGAUGUUGACAAUGUUAUCGCUUAAAAUCUGGUAGAAUGUUCCAGCGCACCUUGUUGUUACCAAGUUCCAACUCAUUCAGCAAUGUCCUUACUAGAAAAGAGUACUAUGAGGGAAAUCUAUGUAAUAUGAUUUUUCAUGUUUAUUUAUAUACAUUUUGUAAUUUAUUUACUUGCCUCGGCUUUGAGUAAUCUUUCCCGGGUUCCACCACUGCACUACUAGUCAUGAUAUAAAAAGGGAUAUUUCAAAAUGUUUAGACUCUCAACAUG